UGGAGACGCAGCUACUGUGCCACAGCACCUAUAGGAUUAAAUAAACUCUAGGUUUGUUAUACAUCUAUGAAAACUGUUUGCAUUCCAAAACCAAGACAUAUAAAAUGGACUGCUCAUGAAGGAUAUUUAAGGACUUUCUGUGAUUUCUUUUUUGAACAUCAUCAUAUGGUGUUAAUUGUAGAGCAAAGAACAUCAAUUCUACAAAUGCGUAAAAGCAUAUAAGAGCCGCACUUGGCCCGUGGGAGCGGCGCGCACGGGGGCGCAUUUUACGCACGAUGGAGAGUCUGCAGAAAAACGCGAUUUUCUGGUCCUUCAACGACUCGUGGGUGAAUUCCAGCAGGGAAAACGACAGCACGAAGUUGAAUCAAACGACAAACCCUCUGAAGCGUAACGAAGAAGUGGCUAAAGUCGAAGUAACGGUCCUGGUUUUGAUCCUAGUGUGCGCGCUCGCUGGCAACCUGUGCGUGCUUUUGGCUAUCCACACAAGUAAACACGGUCAGUCGCGGAUGUAUUAUUUCAUGAAACACCUGAGCAUUGCUGACCUGGUGGUGGCUAUUUUUCAAGUGCUCCCUCAACUUAUUUGGGACAUUACUUUUCGCUUUUAUGGUCCGGACUUUUUGUGCCGCCUGGUGAAGUACUUGCAGGUGGUCGGCAUGUUUGCGUCCACGUAUAUGUUGGUGCUGAUGUCCGUGGACAGGUGUUUGGCUAUAUGCCAACCACUUCGGUCCCUGCGCCGUCGAAAGGACCGCUUUUACGUGAUCGCAUCGUGGAUUAUGAGCUUGAUUUUCAGCGCGCCACAGGUGUACAUAUUCUCGAUCCGCGAGGUGGCCGACGGAGUGUACGACUGCUGGGGGGAUUUCGUUCAGCCCUGGGGCGCGAAGGCUUACGUCACGUGGAUAAGUCUCACCAUCUACGUCAUUCCCGUGGCCAUCCUAAGUGUGUGUUAUGGCCUGAUAAGUUUUAAAAUAUGGCAAAAUUUUAAGUUGAAGACCCGGCGGCAACAGUGCCUUUCUCUGACCCCGCGCCCAGGUAAAGGCGCUGCGCUCUCACGCGUCAGCAGCGUCAAACUCAUUUCCAAGGCCAAGAUCAGGACUGUGAAAAUGACAUUUGUGAUCGUCCUGGCUUAUAUUAUCUGCUGGACACCGUUUUUCUUCGUUCAGAUGUGGUCUGCUUGGGAUCCAAUGGCUCCAAGAGAAGCCCUGGCAUUUAUCAUUGCCAUGCUUCUGGCCAGCCUCAACAGCUGCUGCAACCCCUGGAUCUACAUGUUUUUCGCAGGUCAUCUCUUUCGGGAUCUAAUGCAGCACUGUAUCGUGACAUCUCAAUGUGGCUGUAAGAGGCAAUGGAGAUCCAGGAACCAUUCGGGCACGGGUGUGAUGCGCAGCACCAGCAGCCAGAAGAGUGUGACACAAACCUCUACCACAUGAGACAAUACACCUGAAGUAUAUGUAACCGUAUAGAGGCCAGAACCACAAGAUAAUAUAAGCUAAGAAAUCACAUCAUUGUUACAGGUAUUAUAAUGUGCAAACCUAAGCAAUGGAGAAUCUUCUGUCCUCUUGAUCUUAAUUUACUCACUGUACACGAAUGCUUGAGUACAACACAACGUGACAUUUUUGGUACGAGCUCUGCUGCACAUUUGCAUAGUUAAUAUAUGCUUUGAGAUCUACCAGAGACAGUUUAAUUUCAGAUUCUUGUAAAGCUUUAUAUCAGAAGUGACUGUUUGGAUGAUAAAGUAGCUAGUUUUGACACUAAAGCUGCAACCGGAAGAUUAUGAUCAGGAUGGUUAAGUAAGACAGCAGUUUUUACCAAGUUUUUAUGUUUAAUCAACUCAGAUUUACAAGGCAUUUCCACUUACUAUUAGGCAUGAGCCGGUAUAAGAUUGGCGGUAUGAUAACCUCUAGCAAAAAUACCGUGAAUACAUUUCACUGUGUUGUGGCAUUGCCAUUGCAACACUUAAAUUUCUUAUUUUCAAAUGCCAGGUAAAAAUAAAGCCUUUAAAUUAUAAUAUGCUUUAAAAAAUAUAUAAUAUGUACGUAAUGUAUAUUAAAUAUAAAGAUCAAAUCAAUCACGUGACUUUUCUAUAUACACAGCUCAUACCUUGGAGACGGUAUCACAGAACAUUUGAGUGGUUUUGAAACCUUGACUGUUUAAAACCUCUGUAUGGUUUGAAACCGGUAACGUGCUCAUGCCUAGUUAAUAUUAUUUAACUUGACUAGAGAUGAGUAAUUUUUUUUCUUUUUUUAACUUAUAAAAUUAGCUGAAAUAUGUCAACUUCAUUUUAUAAGUUGUAGCAACUCUUGUCAAGAUAAAUAAUAGUAAGUUAAAAUGCCUUGUAAAUCUUCUGUUAUUAUAACUACUGUAUUUAUAAACUAUCUGCCAUCCAAGCUUGUAUUAUAUGAAGUAACGAAUGACACUAUAAGUACAAAUGAAAGUACAAAUAUCAGCACUUCUUCACACUGUCAUUAUCUAAUUUAUGAGCUCAAAAUAAAAUGUUUACUAUUUUCUGAAUGAAAGCACAUUGACAGACGUUCAAGGUCCAAACAGGCCAAAAUGCUCUCAUUGGUUAAGAAACAUUUCUCGAAAUACUGGAGGAAUAAACAUUAGGGUCGAUUUUUAAUGCAUUUUAAUUUAAGCAUAACUUAUUUAGCAUGAUUUUAUAGUACAGUUGUUUUUGUUUAACUACACCAGUUCUAUGUAAAGAUAAUAUUGCACACAGCGGUUUAGAAAGGAUGUCACUUGAUUCACUUUAAAUAAAUGUAAUCUUAUUCAAAUGUGUUCUAAUUAAGGCAUUUAAAGUAUGUGAAUAUGAUAAUUCAUGGUGAAAAAUUACAAUGUAUAUAUCCCAUUGUUUCUCAUAUGAUUAAUGAAUUUGAAUAUCACACGCUGGCAAAACAAUGCUACAAAUUGAUAUGGAUGUUCAAAACCAACAGGGGUAAAUAAUGCCAAAGCUUUCUCCCUUACCUAUGAGAAGUGAGCAAAUACGAAUGUCUGACCAUGAAUCAAAUAGUUUUUUUUUUUUUAAG